GCUGAAAUUAAGAGCUAGAGCAGAUCAGAAUUAUGAACGUGAUGGAUGCAUGUCAGAAGGGAUCGCCAAACAAAAGAUAAAGAGGGAAAGAGUGUUUGAACUCUCUGAAACUAUGACAAGCGUUGAAAAAGUCGGUCAAAGUGUCGAGAUU